AUGAGAGUAAUCAUUCAAAGGGUCACUGAAGCCAGUGUUACUGUUGAUAAAGAAAUUAUAUCUCAAAUUGGUAAAGGAGUUUGUUGUUUUAUUGGUAUUGAAAAAAAUGAUACCGUUGAUGAUGCAACAUAUAUUAAAAACAAGAUAUUAAAUUUAAGACUUUGGACAAAUCCUGAAACAAAAAAACCAUGGGAUAAGAGUGUUAAAGAUAUGGAAUUUGAUAUUCUUUGUGUAUCACAAUUUACACUUCAUGCUGUUGUUAAAGGAAAUAAAUUAGAUUUUCAUAAUGCUAUGGCAACAACUGAUGCUCAGACGAUGUAUUCAAACAUUCUUGAAGAUUUGAAAAAAGAAUAUAAUGCAUCAAAAAUUAAAGAUGGUCUAUUUAGUGCAUAUAUGGAUGUUAAAUUAAUAAAUGAUGGUCCUGUUACGAUAACAAUAGAUAGUAAAAAACGAUAG